AUGAGCCAAAUCCUCUUCAAGGUUCCAACAGUGUUGAGCGGCUACUGUCAGAUCCGGUCUCUAUCAACACAUCUCGGAAAGCUCACAAGCCACCCGACGUCCGUCCGUCCAUCACGAGAUGAGAUCAAGUAUGCGCGACUUUCUCCUCAGAAUCUAGAGGUUGCAAUGCGCAGCCUCCACCAGGACGGCCUUGUGGUUAUUGAAAAUGCUAUCCCUCAUGACUGUCUCGACCGACUCAACAAAAAGAUGAUCGAAGAUGCCUACUCUCUUCAGUCCAGGAAAGGAGACAGUCCAUUCAACUAUAACCCCGGAAAUAUUCAGCAGGACGCUCCUCCGGUAAGGGAAUACUUCGAACCCAGUAUUUUCAUGAACCCCAUCGCCACUCAAAUCACCUCGUCAGCACUGGGACCCCGCCCAAAAUGGACAUUUUGCUCGGGAAAUACUGCAAUGCCCCCGACUGCAGAGAGUCCCCCGAUGUCUCAGCCUGUCCAUUCAGACGCAGACUUUGCUCACCCAACACAUCCUUUCGCAUACGUCAUCAAUGUCCCCCUCAUCACCAUGACCCCGGAGAAUGGCUCCACCGAGGUAUGGCUGGGAACACACACUGACGCGGGGCUACAUGUUCAAGAAGGGUUGCACGGCGAACGUGCCAGUGGUCGCAUCAAGCCUACCGAGCUAGAGAAGCGCCGUCUAGACAGUCCGCCGUGUCAACCCGUGGUGCCAAAGGGCUCUCUGGUUGUUAGAGACCUUCGCCUCUGGCAUGCUGGAGUUGGCAAUCAGACUGAGGACCCUCGAGUCAUGCUGGCAAUGAUCCACUUUGCUUCGUGGUAUAGGAACCCUAUGAAACUUGAAUUUGCGGAUGAUCUGAAGCCUGUAGUCGAGGGUCAGACUGAGCUGGAGGUUCCUGUGGAAUGGGUGAGUAAGUCGGAAGCACUUUCCCGCUAUCUGAACCGUGGCUUUGGCAAUGCGUAUGAUUUCAAUCAGUACCCUUGA